AUGGAAACAUUGGCUGGAACCAACCUGUCGCAACGAAUGGCGUACGCGAAUGAUGAAUUAUGUGAAGAUACGACAAGAUUGGUUCCAGAGGAGAUCGAAAGCGACGAUUCACUUUGUGCGCUAUGGUACAGCGGCGAUCCUCUAUUGAUCACAAGCAGCCUUCAUCCACUUAAGGUAGUCAUUGCCGCACCGUUGGAACAUGUUGUCACAAAAGGAACGGGUGCCAUCAAGGAAACCGGACACAAUAUUGUCACCUCAUGCGGUGUCGAUGAAAAUCGACACAGAAACAACCCAAUCCGCGUUGGAUCAACUAUCAAUGUUCGGACACCAGACGAAGUCAGGAUGGUUCAAAUCGCGAACAUUACCGAGAUUGGUACGGCAUACACAAAUAGAGCAGUGGAAGCAGCCGCCACAAUAUGCAAAAGACUCAACCUCAUUCUUCUCAUGUAUGGUGCCCGCCUCAGUGCAGCAAUGGCCUUACCUAACAAGUACGUGACUUUGAACGACAUUCAACAAUCUCAAAGAUAUGUUCUGGAUCAGAGGCACACAGGCUAG